GUCAGGGGGUUGGGGGGGGCGGUUAAGGCAUUCUUGUGCCUAUUUGAGAGCCCACUAAAAAUAGUGCAGAAGGAGCAGGCUAUGUGUACACAUGCUUGUGUCUGCUUGGAAAACAGAGCCUCAAUUCAGAACUGUGGGGCAUCUGUCAAAGAGGGACGUGACCUCUUCCUUGCUGCCUUUCUACAGUGGCUUAAAGGAAUUAAAAAGAAGAAGAAAAAAGGAAAAUAUUUUAGGGGACUAGAACUUUAGAGCACAUUGAAAUGGGUUCACGGCGGACAAUGCCACGUUCCCGUUCCGCUAAUGGAAGAUUCGGCCACGGGAAUGGAAUCACUGGCAAUAGCCGGCCUGGAGGCUGCAGCUACAUCUCCAACGUCAGGCCAGAGAACAGGAGCACACUGUGCAGCGUGAUAGCUCAACUGACACAGGAAACACAGCCCGCCUUCUUGACCACUCUCAAGUCCAAAGCUGUGUCAGAGAGCUCCAAUGUCAAGUUCUUCUGUGUGGUGACGGGUUAUCCUAUUCCUCAACUUACUUGGUAUAAGGAUGACAAACAGUUGGACAGAUUCUGUGGACUUCCCAAAUAUGAAAUAUUUCGCAAUGGGCAAACGCAUUCUCUGCAUAUUUACAAUUGUACUUUGGAGGACGCAGCCAUCUACCAGGUAUCGGCCACUAACGCCAAAGGCAUCGUGUCGUGCUCCGGGGUUCUGGAGGUGGGCGCAAUGAACGAGUUCAAGAUCCACCAGCGCUACUUUGCCAAAAUUAAGCAGAAAGCGGAGAGCCGAGGCAAAGAAACUGAUGGCAAGGAGAACCAGGAACCAAUUCGCAAAAUCAGCCCCGAACGCUCGCAGAGGAAGCGACGCUCCACCACGGAGGUCCUCCUGACCAUACCGAGCUCCACGGAGGACAAGGUCACGGAGGAGUUAAUUGAGUCUGUCUGUGAUGAUUCAAAGGUGAGGUUGGAGAAACCAGUGGAGGAAUUGGUGGGAGAGAAAUCGGCACCCUUGACUAAGACUUGUGCGAAAACAAAUGAGAAUGGAAUCCUUGGUGGUAUUGACAAGACUCCUUUUGUCCAGAAGAAGAUCAAGAUUUUCCCCAGAAGUGAGAAGAAGCCCGAGGAACCCAUAGAGGUAGAGAGUUGCAGAAACAUUGCAGAACGUCAAAACAGAGCGCCUUUUGGAAAAUUGUUAAGGAAAAAAAGUUCGGAGGCACUUCGAACUCCGGAAGGUGUGAAGAAAGACAAGGAAAGUGUCUUUAAACGUGACGAGAAAGUGUCAGAGAUGGACCCUCGCAGACCCUCCAGAUUUCGAAAUGCGCCACAACCCCAACAGCCCUCGAACCGAGUCAUGCACCACACAGCUGAUCCUGGAUCAGUGGAUGGCAUCCUUAAGAAGAAGGGUCCCUCACCUGACCAGACCUCAGAUCAGCCGCCGCAAAAGGAAACAAAAGUGACAGAAAGGAAUCCGUCCACGCAGAAUGAGGUUACACAGGCCCCUACAUGGAUGAGAGGGAAUGAUGCACCUGUCAACCCGGAGGCUCCACCUGACCGGCGUUUGGCAGCAGCAGAUGCACGACCGCAGCGGAAAAUCCCACCAAAAGGAGCCGCUAAAACAGAGGACCCCCGCCUCCAUUUUGUCGCACCUAUUGUCAAAUCACCACAACACAGACGGCAUCAUUCCAAGGGAUUAAAGGAAAGCCUUGCGGCCCCACAAAAAUCGGAACCUCUUUCAAUUGCCGAGAGACAAAGCCAACCUGAUUUACUUGUAAAAUGUGUUGAAGGGAUUGGAGUACAAGGUUAUAAAAAGGCAGAUGAAAAUAAGGUGAAGACGUCAAAAGAAAAGACUGUUAAAUCUGUGAGCGAAACCACUAUUAGACCCAAGAGUCAACAACUAGAACACACCAGAGAUAAAGGCACUGAAGUCCCUAAACCCAUGGUUGUGUCUAAUAAGGAUAAAAAAACAUCCAGUGGAAAACUCAACUCGGAAUUACAGUUUAAUAAACAAACUAAAGUUGUAAUUGCUGACCCAUACAAAAGAACUCCCAGUUUAAAUGAACAGCAACCCACAAACGUCCGAGAAAUCCCCAAACCUUUGACCAGAGUCGUAUCUGUUGCAGAACGUACGAAAGGCCAAAUAAGGGCUCAUGACACAGCGGUAACAAGUUGUGCUAAAGACAUCCCUGCAGAUUCCGUAGCACGUCCCACUACAGCAGACAAACGUCAAGACCUUAGAAAUGAAGAAACUAAAAUUACAGCUCAAGAGAGAAAGACAGCACCUGAUAUCAUACCCAAGAAUCAUGUUUUUAGAACUACUCCAAAGGAACAUUUCAUGCAGGAAAGCCAUCCAGAAAAGAAUAAGAUUGCUCCAAAGCCUCCAAGUCCUUGUCCUUCACCUGCCACUGAUUCCCUCAGCGUAGAAUGCCCUCAGGAUGUCAUUGCCUUGCCCAAUGCAGGUUCUUCAACGAACAAUGGUUCUAAUCCUGUGAAUGCGAAAGAGAUUGCAACUCAAGGGAGGACGCCUGUUCAUCAAACGUCUCCAAAGGAAAAUCUUGUGAAGCAAAAUCCUCUUGGAAAGACAAGGACUUUCCCGGAGGAUCCUAGUAUUUGUCCUUCGUCUGUCAUAGAUCCCCUUAGCAUGGAAGGCAAAAUAGAUGAGGCAGACGUUCCCGAUGCAGGUUCUUUAAAUAACUUCUCUUCUGUUCCUGUUAAUCCUAGAGAGGUAGAAAAUGAACUGAAAAAACGAGUACCUGAUAGAACAUUUCAACAUGUUGGUGAUCAAACCUCACCAAAUGACAAUCUUGUAAAGCAAAGUCAUCUGGGGAAGCGUAGUACUUUUCAGGAACAUUCUAGUCCCCGCCCUUCAUCUGUUAUUGAUCCCCUCAUUAUACAAUGCCAUCAAGAUGUUGCGGCCAUUCCCCACGCAGGUUCUUCAAAGACUUACCCUUCUGCUCCUGUAAAUCCGAAGGGGGAAGCAACUAAAAGACCCACAUCAAGAACCAAAAGUGAUCCGAUUCAAGGUAAACAAUUGGGACUUGUGGAAAAGUUCAUCCCAGACAUUAAAUUUGAGGAGAUUAAUGGAACCACUUCCCAAACACUGAUAAGACAACACAGUCCAACCAGUGGCCCACAGAGGGCGUUGAGAAUUUCCAGGACAAAUGUCCAUGGUGAAGAUACACAAGAAGACAACCUUCAUAUCCAUCGGGGGUCAAUGGAUGAAGACAUUGAAGGGAUCGAUAUCUUCGCAAAUUCAAAUCUCAAAGUCAGUCCUUUAUCGCAGAAGGGAGAGUGUGAUUCGUUGCUUACUCCUGCGACUCCACAAGAAUUGGCCUCAGGGGCCCGUUGUAAGAUCCUUUCAUCCAAGGACAAACUGGAGGAGACCAUCUUAACAUCUGAUCACCAACUUGAGAAGCAAGAGGUUUCUCCCCCAGACGGCACACUUCCCACCAGUCCCGUGUCAAUUGUUUCAUCUCCAGACAGUUCCCAACGGUCACCUCUCCUUCUUCAGCCCAAGGAUGAUAGCUCUUCUCCUGUAGAAAAAUGUUCGCCAAUGCUGGGAAGAAAUCACCAACUUGAGAAGCAAGAGGUUUCUCCCCCAGACGGCACACUUCCCACCAGUCCCGUGUCAAUUGUUUCAUCUCCAGACAGUUCCAAACGGUCACCUCUCCUUCUUCAGCCCAAGGAUGAUAGCUCUUCUCCUGUAGAAAAACGUUCGCCAAUGCUGGGAAGAAAGAAUGUGACCGCUGAAUCAAAUGCUUCAAGCCAACCGCCCAAUGAACCCAUCCAAAGUGAUAAAACUGAGAAGGAUCGACGGGACCCAUGCAAAGCCCCUCAGGUUAUCCGUAAGAUCCGCAGUGAGAGCUUUGCAGAUGCCUCGGGGCACCUUAAACUGUGGUGCCAGUUCUUCAAUAUUCUCACCGACUCGACUAUCACUUGGUACAGAAAUCAAUUGGAGAUUGCCCGGAUUACAAAAAGUGCGGCAGAUGAAAGCCAGGUCAAUCUGGCUGUUGUUCAAGCAUCAAGCAAAGACUCUGGAGUUUACAAAUGCACAAUCACAAAUGACUAUGGAAGUGACUCAACUGAUUUUCUGCUUGGUCCAGACAUCUUGGCAGGUAUUUCUCUCCGUGAGGACCACAGUGUUGGGGAAGAGAUAGAAAUGGCGCCAUUGGUGUUCAGCAAGGGCGUGGCCGACAGUGGUGUCUUGGGCAGCAAGUUGUUCGGCCGUGUCAUGGUGCACAAAUCCUGUAUUGGCAAAGGCUGUGGCCGCAAGGUGUGGAGGGCUAAAGUCAUCUAUGGCCUGGAGCCUGUGUUUGAAUCCGGUCAUACGUGUAUCAUCAAAGCCCAACGUCACAUCGCUUACGGCGGCAAGGAGGAACACGGCCUCACAGACAGGAACCUGGACUUAGUCAAGCAGGACUGUAAAAUUCAGAAUCUGGCUCGUGAGUACUGCAAAAUUUUCUCCGCAGAGGCAAGAGUUAUCGAGAACUUUGGGGCUCCUCUCGAGGUCAUCCCUGUCUACUUGAUGUAUCGGCCAGCAAACACCAUCCCUUAUGCCACGGUGGAGACUGACCUGGCUGGAGUCUAUCAGAAAUAUGUAGUUAUGGAUCAUACGGGGAGGAUCGAAAUGAAAACCACCUCUGAGGUCGAGCUCAAGUGUUGUGCUCUGCAGCACUGGAUCUUUCAAUGGACCAAUGGAAAUCUGCUCAUCACCCGCCUUGAAGGGGUUGAUACAAGGAUCACCAACGUUGGAAUUACAGUCAAAUAUACAGGACAUCAAGGUCUACAAAUGGAAGGCAAGCCUCAAAUAUUUGAGGGGUUCGUCUCGCAGCACCAGUGUAACUAUUUCUGUGGUCUGCUGGGCCUGAGGUCGCUCAAAUUUUUGGACUCUCUAAUGGCACCAGCCAAGCCCAAAGGCUCCAGAAGCCCAUUGCAGCAGCGCAAGAGUCAGGCUCCUGGCCCCUGCAGCCCACAGGCUUGCAGGAGAGCAACCGGCAGCCCCCGGAUGCUCAGAAAAGCUGAGCAAGACGCCGCAAAGAGCCCGAACACUGUUGUUGAAGUCUCAUUGUGAAGCAUGACAUGACUUUACCAGAUACCAUUCCAUGUGUUUAUAUGGAUUAUUUUUUCAAGACUCAAGUCCCUUACUUUUAAGUAUUGCACCGAUUAAAUCAAUUAAUCAACUUGCUGGACUGCUUGACGAUACAUCAAUCUUUUUCUUACCGAGAAAUGAUUGCAUGCUUCCAACUUUAUGUAAACAGUCUGAGGAAGCCCCAGACCACAAGCCCACCCAACAAUUUUGGGAUAAUCUAGAGCAGAGAUUUUAAUUUGUUGAAAUAAAACGUAUUCCCACAUGAUGUCCAUAUUUUCUUUAUUUUUACUUCUUUAUGGUUUCACAAUACUUUUGCGUGGUUAAUUUCUGAAAUCUAAUGUGUGAGAGACCCAACAUUAGACCAUAAAUAUGGACAUUUUGUUCUUAUAAUGUUUUAUUUUCAUCCCUUAAUUAAAAGUCACUUUUACAAAGAAGAGGACAUACUAUUAUGGUUAUUAUUAUUAUUAUUAGUAGUAGUAGUAGAAGUCGUACUGGUUAUCUGGUAACUCCACCGCAGUGAAAAUGUCUUGCCAGGUCUUCUUGUCAUUUCUACAAUAGUAGGACCGAUUUUAAAAACACUCGUCUCUCUCACUUUGAGCAAAGCACUGUUGCUGGUUGGCCUGAAUUGUUGUACUGAUAUACGCUUCUGUUGUCUUGAUUGGUUAUCGCCAUGUUUCACGUGACAACCACAGAGUCAGUGGCUUGAACGUCCUCUGUGCAUUAAAACAACAUUCAUAAAUAUUGAACAUGUUUACCAUUAUUAAGUUCAAAUCAACUUUUUUACAGCUGGAAGCCAACCAUGCAGGAAUGUAAAAAUUGCGCUGUCACAUGACAGAUGUACAGUGACACACACACUCAUUGUUUAUUCCUUCAGAACCGCGUCAUGGUCAAUGUAGCUGGUUGUAAAAUAAAACAAAGCUGUAUGUAUAAA